AAAAUGAUUUGUCAGCUUUAUAAUAGUGAUUUUCUUCUACCUAAAUAAUAUUAUUUUUGUGUUAGCAUUUAUGGUUGGGAAAUAAUCCACUAAAACAUAUAAAUAGCCUUUUAUUGGGUGAAGAAGUGCCUGGCAGCCCAAAGAGGAUCUUUGUCUCCUGACGGUAUUUAAGCCUUUGGUGUAUCACAAGUGAGAAGAGAUGAGGGGUCUUCCUUACAUUUUGUUCUUUAUAACCUGUAUAUUUGCAUCGCACAAUGAUAAUUCACAUCAAGAACAUGCUAAUGGACAUGCUGGAGGCAAGAUUGCACAAGAAGCACUUGGGUCAGCAAAUAUAGAUUUUGCACUAAAUCUGUAUAAACACCUUGUUACUAAAACACAAGCAGAAAAAGAGUCCACACAGAAAAAUAUCGUUUUCUCUCCUCUUAGCAUUUUAACAGCAUUUUCUAUGCUUCUGUUGGGAGCCAAAUCUGAAUCUCACCAACAGAUCUUAAGUGGCCUAAGCUUGAACCAAACACAGGUUCCAGAAGAAGAUAUGCAUGAAGCAUUUGAACACCUUCUACAGGUCUUAAAUAGACCAAAGAGUGAUCUGCAAGUCAAAAUUGGAAAUGCUGUCUUUGUAGAAGAUACAUUAAAAAUCCUAGACAGUUUUGUUCAAGAAAUAGAGCAUCAUUACCAUGCUGAGAUUUUCCCUUCUCAUUUCAAGAACCCAGCAGAGGCUGAGAAACAGAUCAAUGACUUUGUAAAUAACAAAACAGAGGGGAGGAUACAGGAGCUGGUCAAAGACUUGAGUGAAGCAACUAAGCUUGUUGUGAUCAACUUCAUUCUCUUUAAUGCUGAAUGGCAGAAUCCUUUCAGUUCAUUUUUCACACAUUCAAGGCAAUUCUCUGUAGAUGAGAAUACCACUGUGGAGGUUCAAAUGAUGUCUAAAACUGAUUUAUAUCAAUUUUACAAAGAUGAAAAGAUUCCAUGUUCAGUUCUUCAGUUGCCUUAUAAAAAUAAUGCAUCUAUGCUUAUCAUUGUACCUGAACUGGGAAAAAUCCACGAAGUAGAAGAGGCACUGUCUGUAGAGACAUUAAAACGAUGGACAAGUUCAGCAGAGAAAAGCUUCUUUGAACUUUUCUUGCCCAAGUUUUCAAUCAGCUCCUCUCUCAAACUGAAAGACAUCCUCACUGACAUGGGAAUGGGAAUUAUUUUCACUGAUGCAGCAGAUUUCUCUGGGAUUUCAGAAAACAGUCGUUUGAAAUUAUCCAAAGUUGUCCAUAAGGCUGUACUUAAUGUUGCUGAAAACGGCACAGAAGCAGCAGCGGCCUCAGCAGUUGAAGGAGUUCUGACAUCACUAAUGGUGCAAUUUGUGGUCGACAAACCAUUUAUCACCUUGAUCUGCAGUCAAGAACCAUAUUCCAUACUCUUUAUGAGUAGGGUUAUAGACCCAACAGAGAAAUAACCAGCUACAAUCGGUUUAGCCAGUGAUCAUAUUCAUAGCAAUAUAAUAAAUAAGUCAAAAAAAUAUUGUGUGUAUUACUUUUUUAAUAUGUUAUACAUUUAUAAAUGGAUUAUCUAUUCAGUAGUUAUAUUUUCUACUACUGAGGGGACAGUACACACAAGGUUCUUUGAUAAAUUCAUAUGUUACCUUACUAUAAUAACAAGCCUGAGUCCUUGGCCAAUCUGCAGGGCAGAAGUUCCACAACUUGAACAACCUUAUAACUUAAUAUCUGCGUACAUAUGUGAUGCAGCAUACGUACACAUUCAUGGCGCACUUCCACAUGCCCCGGCUUUGUCGCGGCCCACCGGAAAUCCGUGGGGGAUCGACUGGUGUACUGUGAUCGAUGUCUUGGCCACCCCUGGGUUAGGGUGUGUUUAUGCACAGUCACAGAGCUUUUUGCUAUUCAUUACAAUAUACACAUUACAUUUGAGCGUUAUUAAUCUU